AUGGAAACCCGUGCAAGAAGUGCCAAUAGUAGGGGCAGGCAACCGCAAAAUGAGGCUAGCAAAACCAACAACCUCAACGGGCAGUUCAUGCAGUUCAUUGAUGCCAUCCGCAACAUGACGCCACUUGCCACACCACCAGUUGCACCUCCCCAAGAAAACCUAAGAAAUAAUGCUACCCUAGUUGAGCAGUUUUGGAAGCUUCAACCUCCAACUUUUGAGGGUGGGUUGAACCCUCUGGUAGCUGAAGAUUGGAUAGCAGCAAUUGAAUGGAUCUUUAAUCUCAUAGAUUGUCCAGACCCUAGGAAGGUAACUUGUGCUACAUAUAUGCUACAAUAUGGAGCAAGGCAUUGGUGGGAUUCUACUGCCAGAUCCCGACCCCAGGGACAUGGGUGGACCUGGGAUCAGUUCAAAGAACUUUUUCUUAAGAAGUAUUACCCCGCUAACAUCCGUAACCAGAAGGAAGCAGAGUUCCUCAUGUUAAAACAAGGUAGCUUAACCUUAAUUGAAUACGAAAGGAAGUUUGAUGAGCUAUCACAUUUUACCCCAGCCUUAGUGGAUACAGAACAAAAGCGGGCAAGGCGCUUUGAAUAA